AUGGCUCCCUCGCUGGCCUCGCAGCGUAACUCGAAGCGGUACUCUACCAUCAGCAACCAGACAACCAGCAGCACGAUGACCGGAGACAGCCGCAUAGCCGAGAUCAAGGAGCUCAGCGCCGGCCUGGCUCGUCUCGAGAACAAGCGUCUCAGCCAGCAGCGCUUCGUGCCCACGCCCGAGAAGUCAGAGAGCCUCAGCAAGCUCGCGUUGAGCGCGAAGGUCGAGCGGGCCCUGGGCAGGAGGAUGUCGGGCCAGGACGCCGUCAUGCGCAAGCCAGUUGUCCUCGACGAGAAGAACAUGAUCAAGUCGGCCUCUUAA